AUGAAUAGUACCAAUACUAAUUCAACAAAUAUUAAUUUUCGAAAACAAAUACAAACUUUACGUUAUAAAUUAUUAUUAGAUGGUAUUGUUCAAGUUUGUCGUGUACCACAUGCAAAAAAUAUUAUUGAAAAAAUACGUUUUUCAAGAUUUUUAAGACGAUGGGAAGAACAUCAUAUUGUUUUAUCACAAAGUGAAACAUAUUCUAAAACGCCUGAAAAUUAUAUGGACCGUCCAAUAUUAUAUUCAGCUAUUGAAGAUGUUAGUGUAUGGUCUAAAACCAAAAUGAUCGAUUCUGAUUGCAGAUUUUGUAUUCGAAUUGUUACAAAUGAAUGUAUUUAUUUUUUUCAAGUUAAUAAUUUAUAUCUUCGAGAUCAAUGGUACUAUUCUAUACAAUGGAAGAGAAAUAAACUAAAAUUUGAAAAAAUACUUCGUUCAGCGAACCGUCCAGAAAUUUUAAUGAAAGAAAUGAAAAGUAUGAUUGAUUUUGCUAUGAAUUCCCCGAUUGAAGAUUCCGAAGUCUAUCAGUUUCCUCUAGAAAUUGUAUCUGAAAUUCUUCAGCAGCAAGAAUGUAAUUUACCUCGUUUUGUUCACGAAAAUGUUAUUGUUUCACUUGCACCAUUAUUAGAAAAAAAUUAUCCAUCGCCAGAAAUAUGUGAUUUUUUUAGUAAACAUUGCAGAGAUAGUCCACGUUCUCAAAUUGUUAUCGAAAUGUUUACACCUGUUGUUCAACGAAUAUUAAAACAUAAUACAGAUUUUGGAAAAUAUCCACGAAUGCGAAUAUUUAUACAAGAUUAUUUAUUAGCAUUAAAUUCUCAAAAUGAUGGUUUAAAAGUAGUUCAAGACUUUAUUAGAAGUAUGCAUGGUCCAACGAUGACUUGUCCAUUUCCACGUGUGUUAUCAAAUUUUGUAUCCGUUUGUUUGGCAGCGAUUUAUAAUUUUUUCGAAGAUCGAAAGAAUUACAAAUUUGUAGAUAAAGAAAGUUGUCACGCAUACGAAGAAGAAACAGAGAGUCAACUAAUUUGUUAUACAAAAAUGCUUCAAACAAUGUCUUCAUCAGACGAUUGGCGUCCACAUUUAGGACUUUUACUUCAGUCCGUUCCAUUUCCUGAUGAAGCAUUGACACAUGACAAGUUUAUCGAAAUAUUCAAAAAUGUUGUUAAAAAUCUAGUCGAUGAUACAAGAUGCGAAGUGCAUCAAACUGUUUUGGGAAUUCGUGAAGGAAAAGAAGGUUGGUUUGAAAUGUUUUGUCUGGGUGGAAUUGCAUGCGAUGACGAUGGUGAAAUGUUUUCUUUUAUGCUCAGUAAACUCAUCUCAUGUUGUUGUCGGAAAAAACGUUUUUUACUUAGCGUUAAUAAAUUACUACCUCCAUUAAUGUUAUUAGCAUUAAGAGAAAAUCAAAGUUCAUUAGAAACAUUGUGUGCCAUGCUCGAUUUAGAUGCUAUUGAAAAUCGCGAUAAUAAAUUACAACUUAUAUCUACAUUACAAAGUACACAAACGGGCUUAAAAAUGUAUGCAAAAGUAUGUGAACGACAAAUUGCCUUACGUGAAUUACAACAAAAAGGUGGACCACGAAAAUUAACAUUACCAUCACGUUCAACUGAUAAUGAUUUAGCUAAAUUAUUAAGUAGUGGUUCAUUCGGUAAUUUAGAAUGUUUAAGUUUAGCAUUUACAAAUGUAACGAGUGCAUGUGCUGAACAUUUAAUUAAAUUACCAUCAUUAAGAUAUUUAAAUUUAUGGUCAACACAGUUUGGCGAUUCGGGACUUGAAUUAAUAUCUGAACAUCUCAAUCGACUUCAAGUGUUAAACUUAUGUGAAACACCAGUAACGGAUAAAGGACUGGCUUAUCUCGCUUCUAUGAAACAAUUGAGAAAAUUAAAUUUAAAUUCAACUCAUUUAUCACCCCUUACAUUUGAAGCAUUGAAAGAGAAAUUACCAGCACUACAAGAAUGUGAUAUUCGUUACACAGAUGCUUGCAGUAAUUCAAUCUAUUAUCAGAUAUAUCUUGAAUUGUGUGUUAGCUCACUUGAUGACAUUACUCGAUUGGCCGAUAAAAAAGCUCAACAUUUAAUUCAAUUUGCAUUGCAUCGAUUAAGUCUACCGACUACAUCAAAUCAUGCAUCAACAAAUAUUCGUCCUAUAACAACAACAAAUUCAUUGUUACCAAUGAAUGCCAAUGGAACAAUUUCAUUACGUUAUCGAUCUUCAAGUAGUAGUACACAUGAUAAAAAAUCAGUUCUGAAUAACAAUAGUCCAACUCGUUAUAGUAUACCAGCAACAAAGAGUGAUUUUGUUAAAUUUCAAUCUCGAUUUCUAGCAAAUGCAAUUUACACAACGAACAAUCAUUCGAUCAUGAAUAAUAGUAAAAAUAAUCUAGUGCAAUAUUCAUACAGUUUAAAUAAACCCUGGCUACCAAAACUCGACAGAAAUCGACACCUCUUACUUAGUAUACAAAAUUUUGUUAGUGAAUUAAUUGAUCAAUGUAUGAGAGCAGCAUUUGUACAGAUUGAUUACAUUCAUUUAUCUGAGACAUCUUCGAUGAACACAAAUGAUGUUGAAGAGAAUUUAGCAUCAUCUAUUUUGCUAUUCGAUUGUUAUCCACCCUUUAUAUCUGCUGAACGGUUGAAUACGAUACAGUCAUUUGCUGAUCAACUAUUAUCUUCGUGCUUUCAACAAUCAUACGAUAGUAUGGAACAAUAUUCCUCUCCACAUCACAAAGAUAAACUCCUUCGUACAUUGUCAAAUAGAGUUGUCGAAAACGUUUUAAAUGAAGCAAUUGAAAGUAUAAAAUAUGAAAAUAAAUUCAGAAAAAAAAGAAAUAAUCGAAUGGAUAACGAGAAAUGUUCAGCAUCACUAAUGACAGAUGAUGAAAAAAUUGUUCGAGAAGCAAAAAAAGUAACGUUGUCAUCUGAUGAAGAGGAUAACGAUGACGAAAUGACAAAAAGGAAGAGUUUAUUUGUUAAACAAAUUCGACAUCGUUCAUCGAGUGCAUUCAAAGCAUUAAAGACGAAAAAAGAAAUAAAAACAAAUAAUGAGAAUGAUGAACAAUAUCAAUCAACAUUGAAUCUUGUCACAGCAAUGCGAGCCAUCUUUUUUUCUACAACUUUUCGUACACGUUUGAUUCUACAACAAUGUUUAAUUUCAAAACGGUUAAAUUCCAUAUAUUCUCCAUCUUAUGGUCCCGGUAAUUUUUAUCAUCUUGAUCAUGUUGAUUUAAAUGAGUCAAAAUUUGACAAAAUUCUUAUUGCUAAUCGAGGCGAAAUUGCAUGUCGUGUAAUACGUACUUGUCAAGCGAUGGGGAUAAAAACAGUUGCUGUUCAUAGUGAUAUAGACCAUAAUUCGCUGUUUGUAAAAAUGGCCGAUGAAGCAAUCUGUAUUGGACCAGCACCAACAAAAUUAAGUUAUUUGAAUGAAGAUGCCAUUUUAAAUGCAGUAAAAUCAAGUGGAGCACAAGCAGUUCAUCCAGGAUAUGGAUUUUUAUCAGAGAAUACAAAAUUUGCAAAAAAAUUGUCUGAUCAUAAUGUUGAAUUUAUUGGACCAUCGAGUGAAUCCAUAUUGGCUAUGGGUGAUAAAAUUGAAAGUAAACGAAUAGCUAAAAAAGCAAAUAUUAGUAUGAUACCGGGCUUUGAUGGUGAAGUGAAUGAUGUCGAACAUUGUGUGCAAAUUAGCAGAGAUAUCGGUUAUCCUGUUAUGAUCAAAGCGUCUGCAGGUGGUGGAGGCAAAGGGAUGCGUGUAGCGUGGAAUGACGAAGAGGCACGUGAAAACUUUAAAUUAUGUAAGGGUGAAGCUGCAUCAAGUUUCGGCGAUGAUCGCUUAUUAGUUGAAAAAUUCAUCGAUAAUCCUCGUCAUAUUGAAUUCCAGAUAUUGGGUGAUAAACAAGGAAAUGUUUUUUAUUUGAAUGAACGUGAAUGUUCUAUACAAAGACGAAAUCAAAAAGUCAUUGAAGAAGCACCAAGUGUAUUUUUGGAUGAUAUUACACGGCGAAAAAUGGGUGAAGAAGCUGUUCAACUUGCUAAAGCUGUAGGCUAUUAUUCUGCCGGUAUGUGCACAGUAGAAUUUAUGGUUGAUUCUCAAAAAAAUUUUUAUUUUUUGGAAAUGAAUACACGAUUACAAGUCGAACAUCCAAUUACGGAAGCAACAAUUGGUAUCGACUUGGUUCAUCAAAUGAUUCGUGUAGCAAAAGGACAUUCGUUACGUUUCAAACAAGAAGAUAUCAAAUUUCAUGGUUGGGCGAUUGAAUGUCGCGUUUAUGCUGAAGAUCCUUAUAAAGCAUUUGGCUUACCAUCAAUUGGUCGUCUGACAUCCUAUAAAGAUCCCAGCUUUAUCCCAAAUGUACGUUGUGAUAGUGGUAUAACGGAAGGAAGUGAAAUAAGUCUUUAUUACGAUCCAUUGAUAUGUAAGCUUACAACGUUUGGAAAAAAUCGAAGUGAAGCUUUAACAACAAUGGCACAAGCUCUUGAUGCAUAUGUGAUACGAGGCGUAACAAACAAUAUUCCACUUCUAAGAGAUAUUAUCACUGAAGAACGCUUCGUCAAGGGAGAUAUAACAACCAAAUAUUUGCCAGCUGUUUAUCCUCAAGGAUUUAAAGGUAAAAUGUUAAAUGAUCAAGAACGUUUAAGUUUGACAGCCGUAGCAGCAUGUGUAGCCGUUAAAAGUUCUAUUCGCGAUGGGUCGUUUAAAAAUAUGUUAAGACAAACGGUUCGUUCAUUGCCAAAAACAUAUACAUACGAAAUUCUAUUGAAUAAUAAAAAAGUCUUAUGUCAUGUGAAAGCUUCAGCGGAGAAUAAACAAUUCGAAGUUCAAAUUGACGAUAACAUUCCCGUUUUUAUCGAUGAUAAUUUCAAAUUAAGUGAUCACGUUAUUCAUGCACAUGUCAACAAUGAAAUCAUUGCAUUACAACUCUUCAAAAUGGAAUCAACUGGAAACGUAACAUUAAUAUAUCUAGGAACUAAGUAUGAGCUCAGAGUAUUACCUGAAGCAGCAGCUAAAUAUAUGUCGAUAAUGCCAGAAAAGAAAGCAAUUGAUUAUGCAUCUGUUCUAAUAUCACCGAUGCCUGGCAUUGUGAAAUCUGUUAAUGUUCAAGUUGGACAAAGUGUUUCAGAUGGUCAAGAGGUUUGCAUCGUGGAAGCAAUGAAAAUGCAAAAUAAACUGACCGCCGGUCGGACAGGAAAGGUAAAAUUUGUUGGUAUAAAAGAGGGUGACACUGUUGAAGAUGGUAAAAUUUUAAUUGAACUAGAAUGA